AUGCGUCCGAAGGUUGCCACAAAAUCUGCAUAUGAAGAGAGCAGAGCAUCCGACUUCUCCCAUAGAGAAAUGGCUAGUGAGCAGUAUCGUCAAUUCUGGGCAGGCUUCAUAGAAAUUUAUCAUGAGAAUGAGUGCCUGUGGAGAGUGAAGAGCGCGGACUAUUCCAACAGGAACAAGAAGAAUCGGGCAUUUCAACAGUUGAUCGAGUACAGUAGAGGCCAAAACAGUUCUGCGGACAUUGGUUGGGUGAAGAAGAAGAUUUCUAAUUUCCGAACAGUCUUCAUAAAGGAGCACAAGAGGGUGGAAGAGUCACAGCGAUCCGGAGCCGGGACAGAUGAGGUCUAUAAGCCGACGCUGUGGUACUAUGACCUCUUCAAGUUCACGUUGGAGCAGGAGCCGCGGACAAGGUCACUGGGAAGCCUGGAUCCAGAAUCUCCAAUCCUCCUGGAAGAGGAGGCCCAGGAGAGUCUGGAUCUGGAUCUUACCCAGGAGCUGGAGGUGGAGCAGUUGACUCCGGAAUCUGCAGAGGUGGUCGAGUCUGAGGAAUCUGCAGCACCUCAGCCACGUCCUCCCACACGACGGAGGACAUCCAGGAGAGUCACCUCUGCCGCCUCCAGCUCACAGCAUUUUUUUGCACAUGCUGAGGAGGUUCUGAAUAGGUCCCCGGAUUAUGAACAAACCUUUGCCAAUUUCAUUGCGGCGGAGAUGAGGCAGAUGACUGAGGAUCAAAAGAGGAUCCACAAGCGCCUGGUACUUGAUGCUACCACACGCGCCAUCGACCGGACACUGGUUGAUGAGUGUGAGAUAGGGCCACCUGCCAGGCGCCAUCUCCAAAAUGUUCCCCCAUCCACCUUUCCACAUCACCAUCCCAUGCAGUAUGCACCGGGAAACUCUCCUCAUCAGAUGUCUUAUUUUCCGACGGGACCCACACAGCCCAGCCCCUCCCCUCAGCCUAGCACAUCGUCCAGUAGCAUGUACUCAGACAUGCCACCUUCACAGGCAUCGGUCCUGGGCGACCCUCGUUUUUUUAAUUUAUAAUUUUUUUUUCAGCCCGGUUUUUUAGUAAGUGUAAAAAUCUGUUGUUGACCUUUUUCCUACACUGUUGCUCCAAGUGAACUAUACUGAGGUCUAUAGUUCCGCAGCGUUGGUUUUAUGACCUCAUUGUCCCGGACUUUUGAUCGUUGUGAUAAGUCCACUCCUUGUGCUCCUUCGGAGAGAGAAAUGACUGCAUAGGAAAGAAAAGAGUUAAACAUCCUGUGAGGGGUGGACCUAGCUGUGAGGAAAGUACAGCCUUUGGAAAAAGAGGAGGGGUAAUAUAUAUAGGGAAUGCUAGGCCAGCUUGGUCUCUCUUGCUGCUGAAUUGCCUUCCCGCCCUCCCGCCCUGUCGGUAGAGGUUCUGGCACGGAGUGCCUUGGCGUUGAAUUGUUGGCUGGUUUUAUCGUUGGCUAUUUUGUUGGCGGAAAAGAACGGCAGGUUGUAGUUUGUCUGGUUAGCUAUAGUGAUUUACAGUUUGGUGUGGUUUAGGUGCACUCACCUCCAUCGACUUUUAAGGACGCUCGACCACCCGUCCGGGAGCAGCGGCAGGCACCCAUCAGGGUGGGUAGUCACUGUGGGGGUUGAGUUGGGCACCUAUUACCGAUUUUAUAGUUUGUAUUUAAAUUAGGAUAGUUUGAAUUUUAACGUUUUUUAAGAUUAGCGUCAGUUCAAUAGAGCCGUUCUUUUUUCUGCCACCAUAUGCCGGCUGAAUCGGCAUGUUAAAUACAUUUUCAAUUUACAGGUUUGCUAAUGGUUAGGGUACAAUAAAUAGCUAACAAUUUUUCUGCCAAAUUCAAGUCUCCGUGUCAUUAUAUCUUGGUAUUAGAGGUAAUGAAUGCUUUACUUUGAAUG